AUGGUGGUCACAGCCCGGCAGCGUUUGAUCGAGGAGUUUCUGCACGAGGCGGGGCUUGCCAAGACUGGAAUGGUCGGUGUGACGCAGCCCAGGCGUGUGGCGGCGAUGACAGUGGCCAAGAGAGUGGCGCAGGAGAUGGGCACCCAGCUCGGCGAGGGUGUGGGCUACACCAUUCGUUUCGAAGACGUCACCUCUCCGAACACCAAGGUCAAAUUCCUCACCGACGGUAUGCUGCUGCGAGAGGCCAUGCUCGACCCCAUGCUCAAGAGCUAUUCUGUGAUCAUUCUCGAUGAGGCUCACGAGCGCACACUCCACACCGACGUGCUCUUUGCACUCAUCAAGGGCAUCAUGGUCAAGAGGAAAGACCUACGACUGGUGAUCAUGUCUGCCACCUUGGAGGCGGAGAAAUUUGCUGAAUACUUCAGACAGUUCCCCGUUGAUGUUUACUACGCCGAUGAAAAAGAGGUCCAGCCCCUCUAUCUUGUAGAUUACAUGGACGCCGCACUUCUUACGGUUCUUCAACUUCAUCUGGAGAAACCCGCAGGCGACAUUCUGCUCUUCUUGACGGGUCAGGAGGAGAUCGAACACAUGACCAAACUGCUCGAGCAGAAGGCCCGCACUUUCGGCCCUGAGGCCAUGAAGGCACGCCGCAGCUUCAGUCGUUUCUGUUCUUCUGAUGUGAUUCUGGCCACCAAUAUUGCGGAGACCUCCAUCACGAUACCCGGUAUCAAAUACGUCAUCGACACAGGAGUCGUCAAGGAGCGCAUGUACAACGCCAAGAUCGGCAUUGACUCAUUGACGGUGGUACCGGUCUCCAAGGCCGCCGCUCGCCAGCGAUCAGGACGAGCAGGACGAGAGAGCGCUGGCGAGUGCUAUCGUCUGUAUCGCGAGGAGAGCUUUCUGCGAUUCGCCGAGUCGCAGGUUCCCGAGAUCAAAAGAGCAAACAUGGCCAGCGUUGUGCUUCAGCUCAAAGCGCUGGGCAUUCAAGACGUCACCCGAUUCGACUACAUGGACCCUCCGCCGUUGGACAGCCUGAAAAAGUCAAUCGAGCUUCUCACAGUGCUCGGUGCUUUGGACAGUGAGAACAAGCUCACUUCCCCGAUCGGACGGAACAUGGCAGCGCUGCCUUUGGAUCCGCUACUCUCCAAGACGCUUAUCAUGUCCGAGAAAUUCGGUUGCACUGAGGAAAUCUUGAUCAUCGUGGCGAUGCUAUCGGGAGAGUCCAUCUUCUUCGUGCCGCGGGGCGACAAGAAGAAGCAAGCUGAGCUCGCGCACCGGCGCUUCCACUCCAUCGAAGGUGACCACAUCACACUGCUGAACAUCUACAAGGCCUAUCAGCAAGCCACCAACAAGAACAAUUUUUGUUAUGAGAGCUUCAUCAACUCCCGCACCAUCAAGCACAUCCAGGAGGUGUGGCGGCAGCUGGGCGACUACUGCAGACAGCUCGGCAUUGAACGCAAGUCCUGCGGCGAGAACACAGAGACCAUCAGGCGCUGUCUCACGUCGGGCUUCUUCCUCAAGGCCGCCUUGGCCAAAAUCCAUCCCUCGUCUGUGCUUUUUACCAAGAAGCCGCUCUGCGUUCUUUACAACCAGCUGGUGAUGACAAAGCAAAAGUACAUGAGGGAGGUGGUGGUUAUUGACCAAAACUGGCUAGUGGAGCUUGCUCCUAACUUCUACGCCAAGCGCUCCGUUGUAGGUUCCCACAGACAGGGAAAGUAG